CGGGUAAUAGGAUAUUUUACUUGCAACACGUUUCCACCUGUGUAUUAUACAAACCUAAACUCGAACUCAUGUCCGCCAGAGCCGGACAUCAUUUCUGGAGAAUGACGCAAGGAAAGAUUGCGGAAGGAGUCUUUGCGCUACACAAACCUACCGGAAUUACCUCAGCAGGCGUAAUUAGGGAAUUGCAAAGAAAUUUCGAUUCUUCCGAUCUAUUUCAGCCGCUACUUGACGCCCAGAGGGCCGCGAUCGAGAAGGAAUCGCAUAAUCAACAACGAAAGCGCAGGAACAAGAAGAUCAGUGUUAAGACCGGCCAUGGAGGAACUCUGGAUCCUAUGGCAACAGGAGUCCUGACAAUCGGAAUUGGCAAAGGCACCAAAGUUCUUCAGAGCUUCAUUGAUAGCACGAAGACAUAUGAUACCGUCGUACUUUUCGGGGCGCAAACUGACACCUACGAUCGAGAGGGCAAGAUAUUAAAGCGCGGGCCAUAUGGCCAUAUUACGAAAGACAUGGUCGAGAAGGCCUUGUCACAAUACAGGGGCAAAAUUAUGCAAUUGCCGCCACUAUACUCUGCAUUAAAGAUGAAUGGCAAGCCGUUAUACGAAUAUGCGCGUGAAGGAAAGGAGUUGCCAAGAGAAAUCCAAAAAAGGGCAGUUGAAGUCAAGGAACUUGAAAUGUUGGAGUUCAUGCCAGGCGGAACUCAUGAGCACAAACUUCCUACCGAAGAGGCUGGGUCGGCAGAAGUAGAUGUUGCUGAGAGGUUAUGGAAGUUGGAAAGGGAGCAGGAGACUACUACCGAUGGCUCCGCAACUUCGCCAUCCGCGGAGAAACGGAAGGUUGACGAGCGUAAAGACGACUUAGUGACCGAACCCCAGGGAACAAAACGACGACGAGGCUCUAUAUCAGCAGAGAGCGAGCCUGUCAAGAUGUCUGGGGCACUGUCCACUGAGCAAGCUGGAGCAGAGAGCAAAGCGGCAGACGCACCGCAGGUUGGACCACCAGCUGUCAGGUUAAGGAUGACGGUCACGUCGGGAUUUUAUGUCAGAUCCUUAUGCCAUGAUCUCGGCGAAGCUGUUGGAUCUCAAGCGAUUAUGGCUGAACUUGUCAGGACAAGACAGGGACAGUUUGAGCUAGGGAAGAACGUCCUUGAAUACGAGGACCUUGCGAAGGGCGAGGAGGUAUGGGGCCCGCAAGUCUCAAAGAUGCUCGACAAAUGGUCUGGAGAAUACAGGCCCUUUGCCGGGUCGAAUGCGGAGAGCAACAUUGCGACUGAGCAGAAGCCCGUUGCACCCAUAGAACCAGCGGCUGCACCAGCGGAGGCGGCUAAGGAGGCGACUGAGAAAAAGCCAGCUGCAUCCAUUGAGCCAACGGUUGAUUCUGUAGAGACGGCUAAAGCCGAAGCUUUGUAGUAUGUAUAUAGUUGCUCAUGAAGCUGCUCAUAGUUAGCCAUCGUCUUCUAUUAGAGGUGGCUGGUUUGUGACUUUUAAAGUCGUGUAUUAAUAAAUAACUACUUAAUUGAGCUGGUUCUCCUA